CCAUUUCCUCCAGCGUUUGUUCUCGCUCCACCCCUCCGCGCCGCUUAGCGGAAAGGCCGGCGCGGGCCGCUCUGGCUGCCCGGAGGACUUGUUCUCUGUGUCCCGCGGUGGGCGGGUCCGACGCGAGCGUCCCGCUGCCCUGAGCGCAGACGGCGUCCUUGGCGCGAUGGGGCGGCGGGCGGCGCUGGGCCUCGCGUCCAGGUUUAGUUUAUUCAAGAGAACCGGCAUCAUCCUGCAGCACUUGCAGGCGUCGAGGUACACUGAGGCAGCCGGAGACGUGCUGUUGGAAAAGAGAGGCUGUGCGGGCGUGAUCACCCUGAACAGACCCAAGCUCCUCAACACGCUCACCCUUCAGAUGGUGCGGCAGAUUUAUCCGCAGCUAAAGAAGUGGGAACAAGAUCCUGAAACUUACCUGAUCAUUAUAAAGGGAGCUGGAGAGAAGGCCUUCUGUGCUGGGGGUGAUGUCAUAGCAAUCUCAGAAGCGGCAAAGGCAAAACAGGAGCUGAUCCGAGUUUUCUUCAGAGAAGAAUAUACGCUGAACAAUGCCAUCGCUUCUUGCCAGAAACCUUAUGUUGCACUUAUUGAUGGCAUUACAAUGGGUGGGGGAGUUGGUGUCUCAGUUCAUGGACAAUUCCGAGUGGCUACUGAAAAGUCUCUUUUUGCAAUGCCAGAAACAAGAAUAGGACUAUUCCCUGAUGUGGGUGGAGGUUAUUUCUUGCCAAGACUUCAAGGAAGACUGGGCUACUUCCUUGGACUGACAGGAUUCAGACUAAAAGGAAGAGAUGUACACAGAGCAGGAAUUGCUACGCACUUCGUAGAUUCUGGAAAGUUGCCCAUGUUAGAGGAAGAUUUGUUAGCCUUGAAGUCUCCUUCCAAAGAAAACAUUGCUGAAGUCCUGGGAACCUACCACGCAGAGUCCAAGAUCGAUCAAGACAAACCUUUUAUACUUGAGGAACAUAUGGACAAAAUAAACAGGUGCUUUUCAGCCAAUACUGUGGAGGAGAUUAUUGAAAACUUACAGCAAGAUGGUUCACCGUUUGCCUUGGAACAGUUGCAGGUGAUUAAUAAAAUGUCUCCAACAUCCUUAAAGAUCACACUAAGGCAACUCACCGAGGGGGCUUCAAAGAGCUUGCAGGAAGUAUUCACCAUGGAAUAUCGGCUGAGUCAGAUGUGUGUGGGUCAUCAUGACUUUCAUGAAGGUGUUAGAGCUGUUUUAAUUGAUAAAGACCAGAGUCCAAGGUGGAAACCGGCUAAUCUAAAAGAAAUGACUGAUGAAGCGUUGGAUAACUAUUUUAAACCACUGGGAAGCAGUGAUUUGAUACUCUGAGGUGACUGUUCUUUCAAAGUACUGCACACAUUUUGGAGCAAGGGUUGGCAAAGUAUAACACAUGGGCCAAACCUGGCCUGCUGUCUGUUUUUAUCUAGCCUGCAAACUAGGAUAGGUUUUCUAUUUUUAAAUGGUUGGGAAAGAAAUCAAGAUUAAUACUUCAUGACUUGUGAACAUUGUAAUAACUGAAAUAUCAGUGUCCAUAAAUUAAUCUUUAUGGAAACAUAGCUGCACCAUCUGCUUUUGUGUUAUCAGUGACUGCUUUGAGUAUUGGCAGCAGGAUGCGUAUCAUCUACAAAGCCUGAAAUCCUUACUGUCUGAGCCUCAUCAGAAGAAAUUUGCCAAACCCUACUUUAGAAGACAGGCCAGCGUGGUGGUGCACACCUGUAAUCCCAGCACUCGAGAGGCUGAGGCAGGAGGAUUGUUGAGAGUUCUAGGCCAGCCUGAACUACCUAGUGAGACCCUGUCUCAAAAAAAGGGAAAAUCCAAAUGUCUCUAGAGAUUAAAUAGCUACCUCUAAUUGAAGUGGGAACCUUGUAUUUAGCUUGCAGUAAUGAUUCAGAUGUUAGUAAAACAAACCUAGGUAUAGAUUUAAAAAAAGAUCUUAAAUUUGGGGGGAGGAUGCUAUAUAAGUGCUCACGGACAUUUCUUCUUUGAGUGUAUUUUAAGGAACAGUUAUUUUAGCAGAUGAGUUCCUUUUAUGAACAUGGGAACUCAUGGGCAAAGACAAGAUGUGUGUAUGAGGUGGUCUCCCGCCCACUGCCUCCACCUCGCCGUCCCUGAGGUAACCAGAGCGCCUUCUCGUGUCGGGAAGAAAAGCAUCAUUCCCUGUUACUUGCGUAUUUGCUGCUAGUGGGGCAUUAACAAACUCCAGGCUCUAAGACACCCUCUGCUUUUUGUAAUUUAAACUUUUAUUUAAAAAUAGUUUAUGGGCCAGGGAUAUAGCUCAGUGGUACAGUGCCUCCCUGGCAAGGAUGAGGUCCUGAUUUGAUUCCCAGUACCAAAUAAUAAUAAUAAUAAUAAUAACAAUGACAACAGUUUAAGAUACCUUCAGUAAUUGGUACUGCUGGCAGGUGUUUUGUAAGUUGUGCUGGAAACUGCAGGUUGUUCGGGCUAAGGAUCUUAAAGUUCUAGGUGAGAAUAACUUUUAUGUCAAAGGUCAGCUCCUUGUUUAUCUGUAAGAUGUUAUAAUACCUCCAUCCCAACCCUCAGAAACCGAGAACUUUGUGUAGGAAUGAAAAGCCAGCAGGAAUGAAAGGCCAGCAGAGGCCUGCAUCCUCCUCAGGGACGCAGAGGUUGCGGCCCAGGAGGUACUGCUUACAUUUUCUUCCAGAAAACUGAGCAACAAAUUUGGAAUGAAGAUGCUAUGAAAUCAGACGUGUUUACAUUUAGAAUUUUAAAACUCUAAAAUUAGACCUAAAUAAUUUUAAAAAUUACACAAAUGGAUGUUGAUUCACUUUACAUUUACAGCAGUACAGAAAAUGGUAAGUCUUUUAUGUUAAAAAUUUGAAAUUAUACAAUGCUGAAAAGAAUUUGCUUCAAGUAAAUAACUCAUAGCUAAUUGCAACUGGAAUUUAUAUUUACAAAAAUGUUUUCACAAAAAUAUUUGGAAAAAUAUUCCACUCCAUAGCAGUUAUGGAAAGGGGAUUUGCCGACAGAGGUUGAGUUUUGGACACAAAGAUGUAGGUGACACUCCUGAAGUGUGCACAUGGCUUAUUUAGUCAUUUAAAGGCAGGGGAGGGCAUCUUGAUGAAAGCAUGUAUUUGUUAGAACUUUGUUUCUAAAUUACUGCUUUCUGACAUUACUUACAAUGUCUAACAUUUGAGCCCUGAAGUUUGGUAAUACAAUAACAUACUUCCACCUCGUCUCAUGAAGUGGCAAUAGUACUGAGGAGGAUGCUAGUUCAGUGCUGAUUUUUUAUACUAAGGCAGUUUGACAUAAGGUAUUUCUUUGGGACUAAAAUGAUAAUAAUCAUUCUUGUCUCCUUCAAAAUUGUGCUACUAGCCAGAGGUGGUUUGCAAACCUGUAAGGCAACUAAAAGUGGAGGCUCAUAGGGCCAGAGGCACGGACCUGAACGGUUGAAGCGUGGGAGGGGCCGCCGCUUGGGGCAGCAGAGGGGAGGCUCGCUGGUGGGGCUGUCGGGGUCUCCAGACGUGAGGAGAAGCUGUUUAUCCCCCGCUUGGCUGUUCCCCAGCUCUACCUGAGCUGCUUGUGCCGGGAGACGCACCAAUUUCCCUUCCCAGUGUCAGUGGCUCUUGCAAGAACCAUGUUAUUGCGCUUCUUUCACUCCUAUUUUUCAUGAAAGAAGGCUGAUUAUCAAAGGUGUUCUCACUGCCAGUGAGGCCAGAUAGUACCCCCAUAACUGUCACGUGCAGUGUUAGUUUUACUUACUCUUCUCCCAUGAGCUUUACCCAUUGACUCACCAAUCAUGCAAGCCUUGUGGUUCCUUGUUCAGGGCUGCUGCUUGGUGAAGGAACUCCUAGCGUUGUCAAGAGAGUGACAGAGAUGAGACUCCUAGGUGUGGACCUGCCAGGCGUUCCUGUUCCACCUCUGGGACACGGGGGCCACAGGGCACACGUGCUCUAAACUCCUCCGAUGGAACCAGAACCCCUUAAUCGUAUUUCUGUCAAAUCUAAAACAAUUUGUGACAUGCUGCUUUAUGGCUUCAUGUUCUCCCUGGAGUAUGUAUUAUUUUAUAUACUUAACUAUCUUUUAAGUGGCAAAUGACCUUGCAGCGAAAUUGUGCUCAUGUGAGAUAUAAAAUGAGUGAAAAAAUCUAGGCUUUUUGUCCAAGUCAUUCAAAUAAACACCUCACAGGCUGUAAAUGUUUUGUGCUUCAGGAAACUUUCUGGCCUUAGCCUGAUGACUGCAGAUCCUCACCUGAGCAGGACGGGGUCUCCUGUUAUACAGGUUUCAAAUACAGCAGAGCAGUGUAAAUUGCAGGGCAAGGCGAAAUUAAAGCUGCAGGAUCCGGUGUCCAAAAGCAACUGAACGGUGCCCCAUGUCACUCACUUCACUGUGGGCUUCAAAGUAUUGUAAGAGUAGAAAUAGUUUUUCUGUUGCUUCCAAGGCCAGAAGCCUUUCUCUACCGUAAGAUUUCAGUGACACUGGUGGAUCAUUAUAUCUUAAUAAAAGGACCUAACACAUAUAGGCUUAGUUUCCAGUCAAGGUCAAUGUGCAGCAAAUCUUGAAAAGGAUGACUAACUGGGGCUGGGGAUUUAGCUCAGCAGCACAGCACCUGCCUGGCAAGCACAAGGUCAUGAGUUCGAUUCUCGGUACCAGAAAAAAAACAACAGAAAAAAAGGAUGACUAACCUGGAGACUUAAUCCUGUCUCAUCUUCUCAAUUAUUUUCCUUCCCUCCUAAAUUUUGUCUUUGAUCUUCAAAUACUUCAUUUUUUUAAAAGUGUGCUAUGACAGUUUUUAAAACUUUAUGAGAAUAUAGUAUAUGGCAAAAAAUGCCCUGUGGGCAUUUGUACCCUAAAAGCAACACACAGAUUCCCCUUGAAGCGGCGUCCUGCCUUGUGUGACACACCUGGAACCCUUGCCUGUGAAGUGAGUGGAGGCUGCCCCACGGGAAACAAUCUGAGACAAGUGGCAUCUCUGAGCCAGGGAAGUAUCAUUUCCAGCUCCCAGUAAUACUAGCUUCUGCUUUCUACCUUGCAGGCUAGGCUUCUGCUACUUUUAAGAUUUACUGAAUUUCUUUUGUAAGAGGCUUUUAAGUUCAUGGUUUCUGAAUUGAAUGCAAUAAACAGUAAUGUCAGAGCUC